AUGAUAAUGGAACAAGGUUACCAAGAAAAUAUUGAAACGACCAAGUUGAAUAAAUAUGCUUUUGCUUGUGCCAUUAUCGCUUCAAUGGUAUCCAUUGUGUCUGGUUAUGAUACGGGUGUUAUGAGUGGAGCAAUGAUGUUCAUACAAGAUGACUUGGGAAUAAGUGACACACAACAAGAGAUUCUAGCAGGAAUCUUAAAUCUAUGUGCAUUGGUAGGAUCCUUAACAGCAGGAAGAACCUCCGACUACAUUGGUCGUCGCUAUACAAUCUUGUUAGCCUCAAUACUUUUCAUCAUUGGUGCAGUUCUAAUGGGGUAUGGUCCAAAUUAUACAAUUUUAAUGGUUGGAAGGUGUGUAUGCGGUGUCGGUGUUGGUUUUGCUCUCAUGAUAGGACCAGUUUAUUCAGCAGAAAUUUCUUCUGCAUCAUCAAGAGGUUUUUUAAGCUCUUUACCUGAGGUUUGUAUUGGCAUUGGAAUCUUUUUGGGUUAUAUUUCAAACUAUUUUUUGGGAAAAUAUUUGAGUUUGAAACUUGGAUGGAGAAUAAUGCUUGGUAUUGCAGCUUUACCUUCACUUGUAUUAGCUUUUGUUAUUUUAACAAUGCCAGAGUCACCAAGGUGGUUGGUUAUGCAAGGUCAAUUAGGGAAAGCAAAAAAAGUUCUAAUGCAAGUUUCAAAUACAACCGAAGAAGCAGAACACCGUUUCAAGGAUAUAAAAGUUGCAGUUGGUUUAGACGAAAAUUGCAAUGACGAUAUUGUCAAAUUAUCUGAAAUGCCUCACCAAGGUGAAGCUGCUUGGAAAGAGUUGAUUUUAAGACCAACACCUUCCGUACGUUGGAUGUUAUUUGCUGCAAUUGGAAUUCAUUUUUUUGAACAUGCAACUGGAAUCGAAGCUGUUAUGUUAUAUAGUCAUAAAAUUUUUAAAAAAGCCGGUGUUACAAGUAAGGAUAAGCUUUUGCUUGCAACAAUGGGUGUGGGAUUAGUAAAGAUUGUUUUUCUUUUAUUUGCUUUAUUUUUGCUCGAUAAAGUUGGUAGAAGACGAUUAUUGCAAGUUAGCACCGGAGGAAUGAUCGUUGGACUUACCUUAUUAGGCUUUAGCUUGACAGUGGUGGAUCAUUCCAGUGGAGAGGUUUUAUGGGCCUUGACACUUAGUAUUGUGGCAACAUAUUUCUAUGUUGCUUUCUUUAAUCUUGGCCUUGCGCCUGUUACUUGGGUUUAUAGUUCAGAGAUAUUUCCAAUGAAGUUGAGAGCACAAGGUCAUAGUAUUGGAGUUGCUGUGAAUAGGACAAUGAAUGCUGCUGUUUCUAUGUCUUUUAUUUCUAUAUACAAAGCAAUCACAAUCGGCGGGAGUUUUUUUAUGUUUGCCGGUAUAUCUGUAAUAGCUUUGAUUUUUUUCUAUUUUUUCGUUCCUGAAACAAAAGGUAAAGCCUUGGAGGAGAUGGAGAUGCUUUUCACCAGAAAAUCAAGUGAUAAAACUGCUCUAACACAAACUGGGACAAUGUAAAUGUACCAAGUCAUCUUGUAUAUUGUUCACCUUAUUUAAUUAUAAAAAAUAUUUCUUA